ACCCCUGAAUCGUUUUCUUCUGCCCCUUCCCACCGCCGCGGGCGACAUGGCGACCAGAGGCCGGUGCUAGGGUUUACGCCGCCGCCACCCCCCCUCCUCCAUUGACCCCAUACACUCGCGGGCCCUCCCUCCGUCGAGCCGCAUCUCCACCCCAGCCCUCCGCCGCGGGAGCCCGGGUCGCGGCCGUAGCUCGCCCCGCGCCCAAUCGCCGCCGAGCUUAUCCCCGAGGUACUCAAAGCUCCUAAGAUGGCGGAUGAGGAACAUGCUCAAAGCUCUCGGAAGAGGGUUGCAGAUAAACAAAUCAACAAGGACAAUCCUGAGCUUGAUGAUGACUCACCGGAGCAAGAGGGAGGAACAUUUAAGAAAGCUAGUGAGGAAGUGAUGGCAACCCGAAAAAUUGUAAAGGUUCGGCGCCAACAGCCAUCGUCAGCUCCUUCUUCUAAUCCUUUCUCUGCAAUUAAGUUUACCACAAAUGAUUCUAGUGUUCAAACAAGUAUUUCUGUCUCAAGACCUCCACCUUCUGAUGUCACAACGUCAAAUGUAAGGGACUCAAGUGAGAAAGCUAAUGAGGCCAGCAAUGGAAGUGGGAAAGAUGCUGACAAGAAUGCAGAUUCUAAUGAGGUAGCAGAGAUUCAAAAGGAUGAAUUGGGCCUGAAAGAGUCAAAUGCAGAAAACAAGUCAAAUGCCCCAAUGGAAGCACACUCUUCACUUACUGAAAUUGAUAACAAGGCAGACAGCACAGUGGGUGGAACUGGUGAGGACAAAGUGCUGGUUGGAGAACCCAAGGUAGAUAACAGCAAGCCAUCUGGAACCGAGGGCAAAACAGAAGAUGAAGGUGAUAAAGUGAAUGAAGGUGAUAAAGUGAAUGAAGGUGGAGAUGAAGAUAAAAGCAGCAAGGAUGGUGCAGAGAAGAAAGAUGAAUCUGAAUCAGGGACCAAGGAUGUAUCAUGUGAACAGAAGGUCGCUGAUAACAAAGGGCAGUCAUCAUCACCAACACCUCUCUUCUCUUUUAUGAAUGUGUCAAGUGGCCAUAACGCCUUCACGGGACUAGCUGGAACUGGGUUUUCAGCCUCAUCAUUUUCCUUUGGCUCAGCUUCUAAAGAAAGCACAAACGCUCCCCUAUUUGGGCUAAAGAGUGACGGUUCAUCCUUCCCUUCUUUCAAUAUCGGUGGUACUAACAACAACGGGAGUUCUGUUCCAUCGCUUGUCGCUGCAGCAGAAGCACCAAAGAAAUUCACCAUGCCAGAGGGCCCAGUGGAGACAGGUGAAGAGAACGAGAUGGCCGUGUUCACCGCUGACUCCGCAAUGUAUGAGUACCUCGAUGGGGGCUGGAAGGAAAGAGGAAAAGGGGAGCUAAAGCUGAACGUCCCAGUGUCCGGCGGCGAGAGGUCCCGGCUCGUCAUGAGAGCCAAGGGCAACUACCGGCUGGUCCUGAAUGCGAGCCUGUAUGACGACAUGUCGCUGAAGGACAUGGAGAAGAAGGGUGUGACGUUUGCCUGCGUCAACAGCACUGGCGAGUCACCGGCCGGGCUCACCACGUUUGCCCUCAAGUUCAAGGACACUGGCGUCAGGGAUGAUUUCAAAGCCGCGGUGGAGGCGCACAAGGUGAAGAAGGCCUCGGAUGUGAUGCCCAAGACGCCUGAGAGCUCCCCCAAGGUGUCUGAUGACUGAAAGAGACCUCCCUGGUUGCGCGUUUCGAUGAUGUACGCUGGUCGGAGGGGUCGGAGGGUGGAGAGGAGCUGGCUGAUAUUCUCCUUGUUCAUUCGGAGUCUAAAGCGCACCAUUUUCUGUAUUCUGCAUCCCCAUGUCGUAAUGCCUUAGAUACAUUUUGUAUGCACGCGGUUACUGGUUUCCUGCUGCCGUUUUGGAACGGUUGGCUGUUGAACAUUUAAUUGUUGAGUCUGUCUUAGCUUAACUGGAGAGACGAGGGAGACUAUUAAUUUCAUCCUGUGGGCAUCGAUCUGAGCUAUAUUCAGUAAUCAGUCGGGACCGCUUAUGCAUCAGUUAACUGAAAAUAAAACUGCAUCAGUCACUUUGAUCCA